CAACCAGGAAGAAGGUGGUAUAGCCCUGCGAAGCUAACAGCCCCAAUCUUCCUGCACACUUUAUCCGAAUAACAAUGGCAUCCUCCCGGUGGAAGGUGGCGGCGGCCGCGCUGCUCGCCUUCGCGGGCUCUUUGCUACGCGUGGACGCGGAUGAGCACGAGCACACGUACACAGAUAAAGAGGAGGUGGUCUUAUGGAUGAACACCGUGGGGCCGUACCACAACCGGCAGGAGACCUACAAGUACUUCUCUCUGCCCUUCUGCGCGGGCUCCAAGAAGACCAUCAGCCAUUACCACGAGACUCUGGGAGAAGCUCUGCAGGGAGUGGAGCUGGAGUUCAGCGGCCUGGACAUCAAGUUCAAAGAUGAAGUCAUGCAGACGACGUACUGUGAAAUCGACCUGGACAAAGCCAAACGGGACGCCUUCGUCUACGCCAUAAAGAACCACUACUGGUACCAGAUGUAUAUAGACGACCUGCCCAUCUGGGGUAUUGUUGGGGAGGCGGAUGAAAACGGAGAAGACCAUUACCUGUGGACCUACAAGAAACUGGAGAUCGGCUACAACGGCAACAGAAUCGUAGACGUUAACCUGACCAGCGAAGGCAAAGUCCGACUGGUGCCCAACACCAGGAUUGCGAUGUCCUACUCGGUGAAGUGGAAGAAGUCCGACGUCACGUUCGAAGACCGCUUUGACAAGUACCUCGAUCCGUCCUUCUUCCAGCACCGGAUCCACUGGUUCUCCAUCUUCAACUCCUUCAUGAUGGUGAUCUUCUUGGUGGGCCUGGUGUCCAUGAUCCUGAUGAGGACGCUCAGAAAGGACUACGCCAGAUACAGCAAAGAGGAGGAGAUGGACGACAUGGACCGAGACCUGGGAGACGAGUACGGCUGGAAGCAGGUCCACGGAGACGUGUUCCGGCCGUCCAGCCACCCUCUGAUCUUCUCCUCGCUCAUCGGCUCCGGCUGCCAGAUCUUCUCCGUCUCCUUCAUCGUCAUCAUGGUGGCGAUGGUGGAGGAUCUGUACACAGAGAGAGGCUCCAUGCUGAGCACCGCCAUCUUCGUGUAUGCUGCCACCUCCCCCGUCAACGGCUACUUCGGGGGAAGCUUGUACGCCAAACAAGGAGGCAGGAGAUGGAUCAAGCAGAUGUUCAUCGGGGCCUUCUUGAUCCCGGCCAUGGUGUGCGGCACCGCCUUCUUCAUCAACUUCAUCGCCAUCUACUACCACGCCUCCAGAGCCAUCCCCUUCGGCACCAUGGUGGCCGUCUGCUCCAUCUGCUUCUUCGUCAUUCUGCCUCUGAACCUCGUGGGAACGAUUCUCGGGAGGAAUCUGUCUGGACAGCCGAACUUCCCCUGCCGAGUGAACGCCGUGCCGAGACCCAUCCCGGAGAAGAAAUGGUUCAUGGAACCAGCCGUCAUCGUCUGCCUCGGAGGGAUCCUUCCAUUCGGCUCCAUCUUCAUUGAAAUGUACUUCAUCUUCACGUCCUUUUGGGCCUACAAGAUCUACUACGUGUACGGCUUCAUGAUGCUGGUCCUGGUCAUCCUGUGCAUCGUCACCGUGUGCGUCACCAUCGUGUGCACGUACUUCUUGCUCAACGCCGAGGACUACAGAUGGCAGUGCCGCGUGCUGAUUGGCCGGUUCCUGCGAUGUGGCAUUCCGACGCCGCGGCCCACGGCGUCCAUUACCCAGCGAGCAAUGAGCCGAGAGGUCAAGGGGGGCGGGGCCACGUGGAGGAGGCCCCACGAGGAGCCUCAGUGUGGCCCUCAGGCCCCACGAGGAGCCUCAGUGUGGCCCUCAGACUUCAUGAAGAGCCUCAGUGUGGCCCUCAGGCCCCAUGAAGAGCCUCAGUGCCCCAUGAGGAGCCUCAGCGUGGCCCUCAUGAAGCUGGAGCUCCUCAGGAGCCUCAGCGUGGCCCUCAUGAAGCUGGAGCUCCUCAGGAGCCUCAGUGUGGCCCUCAGACUUCAUGAAGAGCCUCAGCGUGGCCCUCAGGCCUCAUGA